UGUCACUGCGGGCGGGCGGCCAUUUUCUUGGCCGGGGAGCUGAAGCCGGAGAGGGAUCGGGCGGCGAAGGGCAGUGCUGCCGCUUCGGCUCAUCCUAUAGACCCUCUCCGACUGAGCGCGUGCUUUCAAAUAAACAUAGCGCUCACUUUUAAAUAGCAGCAGGGGGGACGGGGGCACUCUCCUUUGUGGGCUUUCUCCGUGCAGAGCGUGAAUCGGUCGUCCCGCUGCAAGCCGGCGGCGAGCGCGUCGUUUGAGCGAUGGACGAGAAGGCGUUCACCAAGGAGCUGGACCAGUGGAUCGAACAGCUGAACGACUGCAAGCAACUGACCGAGAGCCAAGUGAAGACGCUGUGCGAGAAGGUGACCACUUCUUGAAAAACGUACAGAAAAUGUCCUUGUGAAGAAUUUGACUGCAGAAGUGGCCAAAAUUUAGAAAGAGAUUUGGUCAAGAGAAAACAUUUUACAACAUCAUGGAGGAAGUAAAUAUCAAAUGAAUUUUUAAGGCUAAAGAAAUCUUGACAAAGGAAUCAAAUGUGCAGGAGGUCCGAUGUCCUGUUACCGUCUGCGGCGAUGUCCAUGGGCAAUUUCAUGAUCUCAUGGAACUUUUUAGAAUUGGAGGCAAAUCACCAGAUACAAAUUAUCUUUUUAUGGGAGAUUAUGUUGACCGAGGUUAUUAUUCAGUUGAAACAGUCACACUCCUUGUAGCCCUUAAGGUACGUUAUCGUGAACGUAUCACAAUACUUAGAGGGAAUCAUGAAAGCAGACAAAUUACACAAGUGUAUGGCUUCUAUGAUGAAUGUUUAAGAAAAUAUGGAAAUGCCAAUGUGUGGAAAUAUUUUACUGAUCUCUUUGAUUACCUUCCGCUCACUGCCUUGGUAGAUGGUCAGAUCUUCUGUCUCCAUGGAGGCCUUUCUCCUUCCAUUGAUACACUGGAUCACAUCCGAGCACUAGACCGCCUUCAGGAGGUUCCACAUGAGGGUCCAAUGUGUGAUUUGCUAUGGUCGGAUCCUGAUGACCGUGGGGGCUGGGGCAUAUCCCCCAGGGGUGCUGGUUACACCUUUGGUCAGGAUAUUUCUGAGACUUUUAACCAUGCGAAUGGCCUUACGUUGGUCUCACGAGCACAUCAACUGGUGAUGGAGGGUUACAACUGGUGCCAUGAUCGCAACGUAGUGACAAUUUUCAGUGCUCCAAACUACUGUUAUCGAUGUGGGAAUCAAGCUGCAAUAAUGGAACUUGAUGACACCCUUAAAUAUUCUUUCCUACAGUUUGAUCCUGCGCCUCGCAGAGGUGAACCACAUGUGACUCGUCGCACCCCAGAUUAUUUCCUGUAAAAUCUUUUGUACAGUAUUGCCAUUAAUUAAACGUUGGCCUGACAGAAUUGGAAGAGCAACAGUAACUUCAGAUUAUAAGUGAGAAUCUCAAACAUUCAGAAACCUGUCAUCACGGACCAAAAGAUGUGCCAUAAUAAAUACAAUCCUCAGUCUGCAAACAUCUCAUUGUUCUACUUGAGCACCUGUUCAUCAAUGCAUGCUGAUGCGUGAAAGUUAUGGGUUGAGAACCGUGGUUUGAGCCUAGUUUGUAGUUACUUUUGCUUUUUCAGAGAUUGCAGAGAUAAAGAUGUAAACAUUAAAACCUGCACCUCGUGAUAAUUCAUUUAGCUAUAGCAUACCAAGCAUGACUUGUAGAUAAACAAUAGCAGUAAACAAUCAAUGGAGCUUAAAAGAACAUUUUAAAAUACAACAGCUUCUAUUUGUGUUAGUACUGAAAUCUUGUUUCAGGGAAUACUGUUUAAUUUAAUUUGUCUCUACUGUUUCCGAUGUAUUUUUCAUAAUGUCCAAUUCAAAUAAGUUGUAUGGAACAAAACUUUCCUUUUAAAAAAUCAUGGCAGAUGUCUGCUAUGUCAUUUUCCAUAAAAUUAUGAACCAAGAAUUGAGAUUUCAGAUUUUAACUGUAUUGGGAUGGAAGACUAUGUAAAAUGGUUACACUAAUAUUUUAGUUGUGUAUCAAAGGCUCCAGGUUAAAAUAAUAAAAGACUGAAAUUGCUCGUA